AUGGCAAUGAAUGCAAUGAAUGGCACUCUUAUGAUGUCAUCCAUUAUAUGCAUUGCAAACACAUUUACCACUCAUUUGUCUUCAAAACACUUGUUUUCAUUGAUAUUGAGUUCAUAAGCAAAGACUGACCACUCAGUAGACAAUUGAAACACCAUUUCAAUCACUUUAGUAUAGUUUAGUUGAAGUGUUUGUCCCAAAUCAUGGCCGACGAAGAAUCAAUUUUCGAUCCAAAUAUGAAGAAGAAGAAGAAGACGAAGAAGCCGUUCGACAUGAGUCUACUCGAGGGCAACGAAGAGGCCGGUGAUGGCCUCAAGAAGGACGCGGACAGAGAGGACGCUAUGGAAGACGAGUCGCUGCAAGACUUGAAUGACUUCUCGGGUAUGAAGAAGAAGAAGAAUAAGAAGAAGACGUAUAACUUCGAGGAAUUGGAGAACUCUUUGCCCGUCGAUAAGGAAAACAGUUUCGCAGAAAACGGCAAAACGUUGAGUCCGUCCGAAGAGCGACAGACAAUGGCUGACGAGGCGGACAACGCCGGCGAAGACGACCUCGACUUUGAUUUUAGCAAAAAGAAGAAGAAGAAGAAAAAGAUCGUUAACUUUGAAGGCGUUUCCGAAGCGACAGACGAGACGGAAACGGGCGCUCAGGAGACGGUCGACAGUACGGACGGACAGCCGUCGACGGGUUCGCCGCUCGCCGGAAGUGUUUCGGCGAAUAAGUGGUUGGAAUCGGAUCGCGACUACACUUACGACGAGUUAUUGGAAAUCGUAUUCAAUAUAAUCAAAGAGAAGAACCCGGAGAUAGACGCGGGAACUAAGAAGAAGUUCGUUAUGAGACCGCCGCAGGUCUUACGCGUCGGCACUAAGAAGUCUUCGUUCGCCAACUUCUUAGACAUCUGUAAAUCACUUCACAGACAACCCAAACACAUGCAGGCCUUCCUUCUGACAGAGUUGGGCACAAGUGGUUCAGUGGAUGCCAACAAUCAGCUCAUAAUUAAGGGUCGUUUCCAACAAAAGCAAAUCGAGAGCGUUCUCCGGAGAUAUAUCAAGGAAUACGUGGCGUGUCAGACGUGUCGAUCGCCGGACACAAUCCUCCAGAAAGAGACGCGUCUUUUUUUCCUUCAGUGCGAAACCUGUGGUUCGCGCCGUUCGGUCACUAAUAUCAAGAGCGGCUUCCAAGCCGUCACCGGAAAGAGAGCCGCCAUUAGAGCGAAGACCGCUUAGAAAUAGUUUCAUUAAAUUUUUAAAUGAAUUGAAAACAACUAUUUGUUUAAUUUAUAUGUUUGUAAAGAACUCAACAAAUAUGACAGUAAAAUGACAUCAAUUUUUUCAAUACUAUUUCCUCAACUCGUCGUCAGUUUUGCG